UUAGAUCUGACCUCUCAACCUCGAGGCUCGCGUACAAUCAAUGAAAGUGAUCAAAUCAAAUUUCUCCUAAUACUCUUAAUAUUAUCAUUUAAGAGGGCACUUGAUACGAUAGCUGCGCGAGAACUGCUUGAGGAGCCUUGGAGAACGGGUGACAAUUUAAACUUAAAAGUGUGAACAACUUUAGAGUGUGACUUCGUGACUAUUUUUUUUAAACACAGAAAACGAUUGGUGGAUUUGUUGCAUAUUAUUUUGAACAAUGAAAAAUUUCAUUGUCAUUUCUUUUUUUGUCGUGCAGUCUCAAUAUUUUGGCAACUCGAAAAUACAUCUGCGGCGUACUUGUGAGGAUCGGCGGUUUAGGAAGGGGACCUAAAAAUUAAUUGUAAAAGGUCAGAAAUUGUGUCUUUUUGAAGAAGAAGAGAAAGAAAACGCAACGUGUAGUUAUGCGAGCCGAGAGAACGAUAAAUUGAAGGCAUUCGUACGCAGGAUCGAUUUUAGUCAACUUUACUCUUAUCGACCGCCAUGAGAACGUGAGUGACCGUCUUUUAAUGGGGUUGCUUGCUACUGCCUACGUCACGAGAAGUGUUGUGUUGUUCAUAAAUAAAAACUAGGAACUUUAUUUGGACAAGCGGUAUUUUGACAACGAAAUUAGGUGGCGUCUAAGUGUUUCGUUUCUCUAUAUUAGGGACGAAGGAUAAUGUCUGUAGAAGUGAUUUCGAAAACAGAAACUGUGCGCAAUUUUCUUCCCUUGAUUAUUGUUUGUUGGCAGCGAAGACAUGCAUGCUCAAAAACUUUUAGAACAAAACAAAAAUAAGAAUCAAUUUUUUUAAGAUUUUUUGAAAUACCAUACACAAACGGGAUGAAACAUUGACUAAAGACUGUCUGGCUGCUUUCCAUCAUCAUCAUUGUUAGAGACCAUAUCAGACCAUCUCUACAGAAAAUCGUACUGUCCGCAAAUAUUUUACGCACUCGUGCUAUGUGGUAAAGUUUUCGCGAAUAUGCAAAUUAAUACUGCAGAAAUGUAAAAUUCAGAUGAUAUAAUCAGACAGUAUGCUAAGCUUAAAUUGCAAAUCUGACUUGCAAAUGAAAGAAUAAUAUACCAAAUGGAUACAAAUUUUUAAUAAUAAUUGAAUUUUUCCUGAAAACACACUUAAUACGAAAAGUGAAAAAAGGUUUACAUAUAAAUAGGAAUAAUAAGUAUUCCAUUAGUGAAAUUGUAACAAGUUCAUAAUACUAAACUAUGUGACUUAAAUCGUUUUUAUUCGCCUGAAAAUUUUUAAUUAAAAUUUUGAUUAAAAAUCGGUCUAAAUAUUGUUAAUAGUUGUUUGAUGGGGAAGAUUAAGCUGAGUUUUAAAGUAUUUAUUAAUUAGCAUUAGUAUGGUUUUCUACUACAUUAAGAGAAGAGAAAAUAGUAAAGAGCAGCAUAUAGAUCGAAGAUCGAAAUCCAUGCAACAAGACAUCCGGAUCAAUGUCUUGCUCUCCAUAAAAACAGAAGACAUACUCAUAGGAAUUAUGCACUAUGAAGAAGAAGAAGGAUCCUGAUGAUAUCUUCCUCUCGAACUCUCGAACGUUUCAGAGAGAAUUUAUUCACGAUGAAAAUGUUACAAAGUGAUCGUCGCAUAGUUCAACAAAUAAAGUGCGUACAGCUUCCUGUGAUGUCUCCCAGAACUCGGACUUUAUUAAAAUAAUUAUUGCAAUGUAAUUUGGAGAAUUAGGAUUCGCGUACGUGACGCGAUAAAAAUGAAUUCUUGGUGUUUGUUUCUUGAAAAUGCAGAUACACUCUCAUUGAAAUGAAAGUGCAGUGGAGAAGUACAGUUAUGGUAUUUCGGUGAGGAGGUAAGAUAAUACCGUAAAGAGUGGUCUUGGAAAUGGCCACCUUUGCGCGAGGUCACCAAUUGUGGCCUAGGUGGCGAUGUUCACUUGCAUACAUUUUAGUCGUCAUGCUGUGCCUGAUUUUUAUUUUAACGUGCAACGGUCAGAAACCGAUUAACCUUGGUGGAGUCAAAAGAAGGGACGUUUACAUCGCCGGAUUUUUCCCUUACGGAAGACACGUGCCUGAAAGUCACGUAGGACGUGGGGUCAUGCCAUCCGUUAAACUCGCUGUUGAUCAUAUUAACGAGAAUCCUACCAUUCUGAGGAAUUAUCGAUUGCACAUGUGGUGGAAUGAUACCGAGUGCAAUGCUGCCGUUGGAGUUAAAGCAUUCUUUGAUAUGAUGCAUAGUGGACCACACAAGCUAAUGCUUUUUGGUGCUGCGUGUACUCAAGUCACUGAUCCAAUCGCGAAGGCAUCGAAACACUGGCGACUAACACAGCUUAGUUAUGCAGAUACACAUCCUAUGUUUACCAGUGACAGCUUCCCGAACUUCUUCAGAGUGGUACCAUCAGAAAAUGCAUUUAAUGCGCCUCGGGUAGCUCUAUUGAUGCAAUUUAAUUGGACGAAAGUUGGUACCAUUUAUCAGAAUGAACCCAGAUACGCUUUAGCUCACAACAAGCUUGUGUCUGAUUUAGAUGAUAACAAGCUGGAAGUGAUUGACACUCAAAGUUUUUCAAUGGAAGUUACAACAGCUUUGGAAAAAUUAAAGGAUAAAGAUGUUAGAAUUAUAUUAGGAAAUUUUAAUGAAGGAUGGGCUCGAAGAAUCUUUUGUGAGGCUUACAGGCUUGGAAUGUUUGGUAGAAAAUAUCAAUGGGUUAUUAUGGGAACAUAUGGUGAAGAAUGGUGGCUUCGUCCAGGAGGCGGGUGUGCGCCAUCGGAAUUGUCUGAAGCAUUACAUGGGACAAUCCUAACAGACCUACUACCUUUAGCUACUGAACAGCAAAUAACAGUUUCUGGUAUUACCCCAGAGGAAUACAGAGUAGAAUAUGACUCUAGAAGAGGUACGGAGUACUCGAGAUUUCAUGGUUACACAUACGAUGGAAUUUGGGCGGUUGCAUUAGCAAUCCAACACGUUGCAAGAAGAAUACGACACUUUCGUCGAAAUCAAACUGUAGCAGAUUUCAAAUACAGAGAUGCCUUAUGGGAAAAGCUCUUUUUGGAAGCUCUGAGGAAUACAAGUUUUGAAGGUGUAACUGGACCAGUUCGUUUUUACGACAAUGAAAGAAAAGCGUGUAUCCUAUUGAAGCAGUUUCAAAGCGGAAGUGAGGUCAAAGUUGGAGAGUACGAUGGCGUCAUAGAUAGCCUGGAUUUAAGUAGAGGUCAUCCUUUGAUGUGGCGCGGUAGAUCUCCACCAAAGGAUCGAACUUUGCAUAUAAUUGAGCAUUCGCAAGUCAACAUCAAGAUUUAUGCAGCACUUGCAGCAGCCGCUAGUGUGGGAAUCGUAAUGGCUGUUGUGUUUCUUGCAAUUAAUAUCAAAUACAGAAAUCAGAGGUACAUAAAAAUGUCAUCACCCCAUUUAAAUAAUCUUAUUAUUGUGGGAUGUAUAUUUACCUACAGUAGCGUGAUUUUUUUGGGAUUGGACUCUCAAUUAUCGAGUGUUAACGCCUUUCCAUAUAUAUGUACCGCCAGAGCGUGGUUACUAAUGGCUGGGUUUUCCUUAGCCUUCGGUUCCAUGUUUUCCAAAACUUGGCGAGUUCACUCCAUAUUCACAGAUGUAAAGCUCAAUAAAAAAGUGAUAACAGAUUAUCAGUUGUUUAUGGUGGUGGGGGUAUUACUGUUCAUCGACUUCGUAAUUAUGACAACAUGGCAAGUUGCCGAUCCCUUUUAUAGAGAAACGAAGGAAAUGGAUGCCUAUUCUUUCAUUCAGCCUCAUCCUUCAAACGAAGAUAUUAUGAUCAUACCGGAAAACGAGUAUUGUCAAAGUAACAGAAUGUCAGUCUACUUAGGAAGUAUAUACGCUUACAAAGGGCUAUUAAUGAUUUUUGGUGCAUUCUUGGCCUGGGAAACACGACAUGUCAGUAUACCGGCAUUAAAUGAUAGUAAAUAUGUAGGUAUGAGUGUUUACAACGUCGUAAUAAUGUGCAUCACCGGAGCAGCAAUUAGCAUAGUCCUAGCUGACAAACAAGACGCUAUGUUUAUAAUGUUGGCAGUUUUCAUCAUAUUUUGCAGCACAGCCACUUUGUGCCUCGUAUUCGUUCCGAAGCUAAUAGAAUUGCGGAGAAAUCCUCAAGGUGCCAUAGAUAGGAGAACGAGAACAACUUUAAAACCAAUGUCAAAGUCACGAAAGGAUUCAACAGUUAGCGAAUUAGAGGAUCGGCUUAAGGAAAUUACGACGUCAAAUCAAAAAUUCAGGAAACAACUUCUCGAAAGAGAAUCAGAACUGCAAAUUUAUUUAAGAAGACUGGCCGACGAAGAAACAGCCAACACACAAGAAGCGAUAAACAGGCUACAUAUCCCAAGACCAGAUAUGGUGAUAAAAAAAGAAGGUCUGUCGGUGAACACUGAAACAACCGAUAUAUCCGUGUCAAUGUGCAGUUUAAAUUCGCCCACGGUGUCUCAAGCGGAAGGAGACUACGUCAACGUGAGCGCGAUAGAACAACAACUAGCCAAGAAGAAGACAUACAGCAGCAGCAGCAGGGUCCCAACCAUCGCGAUGGAGAACGAGCAGGCAAAGGUUCAACGCGGGCUGCAGAGUGUGAAAGAAUCAUCAACGACUCGCUCCUUGGCUUCUACUAUUCAGUUAUCUGGUGACAAAAUUACACACGGGCAAAGAGCUAAAGAUGUUGAAGAAAGUCAGGCUUUGGUCAAGAGAUCUGGACUGGAAUACAGCAUAGCAAAUACGCAGCACGCCGACAUUGUUCCAGAAGCACUUGUGGAAGAAACUGACUCUCUCAUAUCUGCUGAAGAGACGAACCUUCCCACCGAUGGUACAGAGAAAGCGACUGAUAGAUUAAGAAGAGCAAAGCUACCAACACCUCCUCCUUCGAAAAAUGUCUCUUUUGACGAACUUGAAGAUAGAGACUAUUCGAGAGAGUCUAUUCCUCCACCAUCAGGAACACAGUUUGUUUCAAAGUAUCGUUGUGCAGGUGCGCUGAUUGUGCCUCCACAUGCAGUUUCUCUUAGUAAAAGACGAUCUUCCGUAAAGAACAAUGGAUUGGCUCAGUCUCAUCAUGAGCUUUACGACAAAAAAAGAAGAACCAGUGUUCCAGCAAAUUCCAUUAGUUACAUCUCUACUGAAAAUAUAGCCAGGACUGAAGACACCUUAGGAUCAUUUAAUAAGGCUUAUGUCAUUGGAGAAUGUGGUCACAAAAGCAGAACACUCGCCGGGAGCAGCUCUACUGGUUACCGAUGUGAGAAACAUGGAGGCCGCGGUCAUAAUCACGUCAUCCUCAACGGUUCAAAGGAAACUUCUGCACAAAGAAGGCAUCGAAAUCACUAUGAUGCAUAUAAUAGUAGUUCAGCCAGUGUUAAUGCAAGUUUUUCAGAUACAGAAAGAUAUGAUGACACACUCUCAACAGCAAUUCAGCGGUCAGUGUCAGAGAGAUCACGCGAAAAGAGUGUUAAAUCGAAACAUCCUGUGGGAGAGUGUCCUCAUCGUGCUACCACACGAAGAAUGCGCGAAUGUAGACACUCGGAGUCAAGGCUAAAACAACAGGCCCGAUUAGAAUACGUUCAAAGUACACCAAAUGUCGCGACGAUACAUAACAGUAGCGGCGUAGGCAGAGGCGCCACUGGAAUUGUGGGAACUUCUGUUGGGGGUACUGCGACUGGACGCUUUAGCAGAAACGAAUCCGAAAUGUAUAGUGCUCUAUCAGAUGGCGAACUUUUAGAUCUUGCGAUUUUACCGAUUUUUCAAAAACUUCUUACUGAACGACACAAAGAUUCUCCAACUCGUAAUAGUUAUGGGGCCAAUGUCGCUAGUUGUCCCAAUAUAUCAAUCAAGUGCGACAUUGUGGAAUAUCUUUAAUAAAAUCAAUUCGUAGGUUUACAUCAAUAAUAAAGACUCAAAUGAAUAAGACAAUUUUUCAUUUUCACUCUUUACGCACAUAGCACAAAGACUUGUCUCAUAUGUGCGUAUCUACCUUUGUGUGUGAGAGUGUAUGUUUGACAUAAAUAUCCAAAGAAGAGAGACUUUUUUGAAUUGAUGGUGGCGGCACAUUUCUAUGUUAUACACAUACAGGUUCAGACUGACACAGUGCUAGUAUUAAAUAAAAAAUUCAGGAUUUACUGACACCGAACUUUUCUUAAAACUUUAAUCGUACGGAAGUUGCGGUCCGAGAAGAAAAGGCCAAACAGUUUAUAUCGAUGUGUCCUAAAAAAUUACCUCGAAAAGUAUAUCAUUAGAGGUCACUCCGAUAUUUAUCACUUUAUCCCUUUCUCUCUCUCGCUGUCGCAAAUGUAAUUUUACAAUACAUGAUGUAUCGUAAUUUCACAAUCGAUGGUUGCGCCGCUCCAAAGUGGCGCAAGCGCACAACUUUCAAGUUUACAAUACUCGUGUUGAAAUUUUAAAGAAUUACUGCCAACUAUUGUGAUUUCACUGAGCAAUACCUCAAUUGUAAUUUUACAUUACAUUUUGCAUUGUAAUUUGUUGUAAAAUCACAAACAUUUUAACAGUGAAUUUAUUACCUGUCAAAUCGAAAUUUAUGUAGAAAGUGAGUGUUCUCCGUGCAUCAAAAUAAUUCCCACCAAAUUAUUUUUCCUUUAUUGAAGAAGCCAACACGUUAUGAAAGAUCAGUACUUUGGUUAAAUCUAGAUUUUUUUUACAGAGUUUAUUUAUCGAUAUCAACUUCGUCAAUUGUGGUAUGAUCUUUCGCAAAUCGUCGAUUGAAAAUGUAGAGAAUUUGGAGAAACAUGGCUAUAUGCAGUUUACAAUUAUAUAUGAUCCCUAUUUACUCUGAAUUGACUGAAUCGAAUGGUACACAACAUACUUCUAAACCUACUUAUAUAGUGGAUCUGUUGCAUUUGAAAAUGUGAACUUUUCGGAUAAAAGUUCGCGAGCGUGUAUGUUUAUUAAAAUGAAUCUCCACUGAAUCAUCAGGUAAUGGCUUUGAGUCCAAAUUUAUAAUUCUGACUUUUUUAUAAUUUCGAAUCUGCAGAUCAAAAAUUUGAAAAAUAGAGAAGUUUUAAUCAAACUUGCGAAAGUUAUCAUUUUACAUCUAUUUUAAUAUGAAAACUGAAAUAUUAUUCAAAUGUUACUCUUAUCAUAAACUGUUAAUUAAAUUGGACUAAGAUGCCUUAUUUUUUUAUUUGAACGGUUUCAUCUACCAAAUAUGAGGCCUAGUCAAAUCUAUCUAAGAGUUUUUGCAAAGGAUAUUUUUUGAAUUUUUGUUCAGCAAAUUGAAAUCUACAAAAACUUGUCAGAAUUAAAAACUUCCAUUAAAAACCAUAUCCUGUAUAUUAGGUGCCGGAUCCUUUGGGUUUCGACGAGAAAAACUAAAAAUGCUUCGAACUAGUGUAAUGAAAUUUAGUACAAUUAUAUUCCUACAUAAGUCCUAGAACCACUUGUUUUCAAGCGAAAUCUAUUUACUACGAACAUACAUACUUUUUUAUUAAUAUAUAGUUUAUUGAAAAAGUAUUUGAGUAAUGUUUUUAUACAACUAUUAUCCUAUUAUCCAGUUACAGGAAACAAAAUACUAACCUUUGGGCUUCAUGGUACGAGGGUAGUUCAAUAAGUCCUUAGAAUGAAGUAUAAAAACAAUUUUUUUUGGGUAAAUUUUUUUUUAUU